UUUGACGGUCGAAUUCCCCAGAAUUUCACCGGAGACACAUUCGAAACUGCGAAGAGUCCUUUCAAUCCUAAAUAUGUUCUAGGGCAGAACCAGACAUGGAGGGAAGUAAUAUCAUUUCCCGACGUGGAGCCAUCGAUAUUUGAUCAAGUAGCUGGAACAAAACCCAUCGAGGUAGAGAUAACUGACCGGUCCGUCUUCGCAUCGUCCUCCGAAGGCCGCGAGACCGCACUCCGCCGAGCUGAGCUACUCGUGAAUGGAAAAAACCAGACUGUCUCUGGCAAAGUCACAUGGCUUUUCUCUAUGCGAACUUCACCAUAUGCUCUUAAUCUCUCACACGAGUAUCUUCUCGCUUUCCAUGAAGCCCAGGACUUCCAGGCAGAUUUCUGGUCUCUUAAAGUCGGACUACCGAUGCAGGAAACUCUUCGUGGGCCGAACUACACAGGUGGAGGUGAUGACCUGGCAGCAUAUGGCGAGAAUAUUGGAUUCAUACACCCCGAUGUCACCAGUUCGAUGUUGAAGACCGGCAGCGUCAUCUAUCUUCAGGGCUGGAAAUGGGCCAAGAAAGUCCAAACAUAUUUCAUGGCGCCCUUCGAUUCAGACAUCUGGCACAACUUUGGGCUGUACCUCGACUUUGACAACAACCAGAUGCAAGUUGCUUAUUCAACCGGAAAUCAUGAGUUGAAAAUAGUGACGCCCUUGUUGGCAAACAACAUAUCUGGAAAGGCUCCUACUACUCUGGGCGAGACACACUGGGGCUUGCAGAAGAGGCCAGUUGGUGCGAAUAUCAACAACUUCCUUUUCGAGGGCUUGCAGCCCCACGGUAUUCGGGAACGAUUGGCCAUCGGGGGGAUUUUG